UUUUAGUUCUUGGUGUUUCGAGUGUUUGCUGGUACUACUACUUAUAAAUACUCUACCGGUUUCGGGUUAAUUUUAUUCAAAAAUCGUGCCUAUUUUUUCUCAAACAGAAUGAAACUAAUAGUAGGUCUAUUACUCUUCGCCACAGCGCUAGCAUACCCCCUAGCAGAGAAUGAAGAGAAGAUACCGCAGAUCGCCCCAGCAGAACAAAUACCAGUAGCCGAAACUCAAUUUGGUCUGAUCCCAGACCAACCCGCCUUCCUUCCAGAACAGAAGCCCCAAAAACAAGAACCCGUUCACGAUUCAUCAGAACAGUCUGACGAAAGCGGAGAAUCAAAAGAAAAAGUAUCCGAACAAAAACCCUCUGAACUAUCCUCCGAAGAAAAGGAUUCCAAUGAAAAACUCGAUGUUAAGACGCAGAAGAAACUAGCAGAACCCAUCAAAGCUCCUUUAAAGUCAGAAAUCAAACCAAUCGAACCAUUACCCGCAACUAAAAUCGCAGAACCAAUAGUACCCGAACAACCCAAAUUGCCAGAACCCGUAGUACCGCAAAUCGCCGCCAAAUCUAUCCCAGCUGAACCCGUUGAAAAACCACUGGCUCUUCCGACAGUCACUCUCGAAGAAAAACCCAAAGAAGACGCCGCCAAAUUGAUUCCAACCGAACUCAAAGAAGAAAUAGCUCUUCCCAGCGAGCAGAAAGUCGAAGUCAGUCCUGUAGCCGAAGAAAAGCUUCCAGAACUACGUAAAGCAGAUUUACCAGAGAAAAUCGAACCAACAGUGGUGGUACCUGCCGUAUCCAACGUUCAAAUCAUAGAAGCUGGAGUUAAACCGGUAGAGAAACUACCAGAGGAAGAAAAAGCGAAAGCCUUAGAACCGGCACCAGCCGUAGCCUUGCCGGUCGAGGAAAUCAAACCGGAAGUAGCAAAACCCAUCUUAGAGGAACCCAAAAAACCAGAAAGUUUACCAAAAAUCGCUUUGGAACUCAAACCUGAGGAACCCAAGCCUGUUGAAGCGCUGGCCGCGGAGUUGAAACCUGCGGAAUUGAAGCCUGCGGAACUGAAACCUGUGGAUCCCUUCAAGCUCGCGGAACCCAAGUCCGAAAUUAAAUUAGACGAAAUCAAGUCAGAAGAGAAAUUACCGGAACCGAGUGCUUCUAGUUCUUGAAACUGUAAUAUAUCCGUGGAAAUGUUCACAAUGACUGAAUGAGGUUUGCUUGCCCUCUUAUUCAGGAUUGCACUUAAUUUAAAAAAAAACGAAUAACUGGGCGAUUACAACCUCGUAAAGAUUCUAUUUUAUUUAUGUGCUCAAUUGUAAACGGUAACAUGGAUCGUGUUUUGUUAUAGAAACCGUGUUGUUUUUAUUAUGAUAUUUUUUGUUUUACUAUAUUUUUUUUGUUUUUUUGAAGAGCAAUAUUUUUUAAGUUUUUUUAGGUUCUCGAGCGAAAAAUAUACAGGUUUUUUUAUAUAGGUUUUCAUCUUGCAACAGUCGAAUCUUAGUUUAAGGUUAUGUAUUGAAAACUUUUUAAUAAAGUUUUUACAUAAA